GUAUUGCCCUACCAUUCAUCGUCCCACUUGGUGAUUUAGGUCCCCCUUCAGCACACGAGCAUACACUCAGCAAAGAAGCCCUCAUACUAUAGUGCAACUCCUACGCCCCGUCGCGUGACCAUGGCCAGCCUGUUAUCCGGCAUCUACAAGGGCGGCGAUAGCGAAGCCACCCCGCGAAUCCCACCGCCACCUGGCGCGUGCAGCCCAAGCGGCGACGGCGGACGCGGAAGCGGAGGCGGCGUUGGUAACGCUUCUAGCACAUCGACUGCCACUUUUAGCGCCGCCAUGGAGAGCGGCGGCCCGCCGAUUCCGACGCCGCUCAAAGCCGUGUCGUACGCCAUGUCCAAGAUCGCCCCUUUGUCGCUGGCCGACACAACAUGGGACAAUGUCGGCGUCCUUCUCGAGGCGCCCUUUCCGCGUAGGUCAAAGGGUGUGUUCCUCGCUAUUGAUCUCACUCCGGCCGUAGCGGACGAGCUUCUGAGCGACGCGAACAGCAGCAUCAGCGUUGCCAUCAUUUACCACCCUUGCAUUUUCAAACCGCUCAAGGCGCUCAGCUGGUCGGCAUCAUCUGACGGCGCCAACUCAAUGCUCAUUCAUUCUCUUUUGCGCCUCUCCGCUGCUGGGAUCAGCAUCUACACGCCACACAGCGCGCUGGAUAGCGCUCCGAACGGGAUGAACGACUGGCUUGCAUUUGUCGUUAGCUCCGACGUAGCCUUUCAAGCGGCCGGCCUUGCAGCACUAGGUGGUGGAUGGGCACCGAUUCAGAAGACCAAGGUAUCGCAGUAUAUAGAGAAGGCGGGGCUUGGCCGCCUUGUCUCGCUCAAGGAGUCCCGGACGAUAGAGCAGAUCGUGAGCCGUAUCAAGAAACAUUUACGAUUAAAAUAUGUGCUAGUGGCGCAAGCACAACCACCGGAUCAUCAGAUAGAGACAAUCGCGGUACAAGUCGGAUCAGGCGGAUCGGUGCUGCAAGGUGUAUACGCCGACCUUUAUGUCACCGGGGAGAUGUCACAUCACGAGUUGCUCGCCGCCAACUCGCGAGGGAUAUCGGUGAUCUUACUACAUCACUCCAACAGCGAGCGGGGAUAUCUCCAAGACGUGCUUGUGCAUUUGCUGCACAUCUUCCUUGGCGAGGAAUACGGCAUUCGAGUUAGUGCGCGAGACCACGAGCCACUUUCUGUCAUGUGACGGGAAGAUAAAGAUGGAAUGGGCUCAGGCAAGGGCCGCAGUCAUACCACCUGUACUUGUACUGCUUUUGUUCGUGCUGUUUUAACACAAACACAGCAGUUGCUUUAUUUUGAGGUUGGCUCUUCUGCUACUGUACAACAAUCACAAUGUCCAUCAAACACUGCA